GCACCGCCUUAUCCCGGGGCACGGGGCUGAGGAGCGGCCGGUCCCGGCUCCCACCUCCCGUCAUGCUGCGGCUGCUGCUCCCCUGGGCCGGGCUGGCCGCCAUCCUCCGGGCCGCGCCUGAAUCAGAUGCGUUAGACUUGGUGCUCCCUUUACUUCUGCAGGAGCAGUGUGUGAUGGUUUAGUCCCUUUGCGACAUAAUUGCAUCUGUUAGACCAGGAUAUGUGUGAGUAGCUGAUGAGCCUUGGGAACUGUGCAUGUAGUGGAAGUGAGCAGGAGGCUUCGUUGACCCAAGGCAUCCCUUCAUAACCACAUUAUUGCCUACUGGAGACUCCUGCAGAACAAAAGGGACCGGUUGGGAAGCCAAGAUGAUCUCCUUCAAGCAAGCAUCCCUCGAAGCAAAGGCUGCAGUGGCUGCAGGAGUGGUUUUCCUCUCCAUGAUGCUGUCGCGGAGUUACCUGUCAGAGAAGCUGGACCUCAGGAUGCGGCGCUGGCUCCUGAGGCUGCAGAUGGCACUGUUUGCUAAUGCACUCAUGUUGAUAGGAUCUCUUCAUGUGUGGAGAAGUGUGGUUACCACGUUCUCCAGGGCUUCGGUUGCCAGCUCAUUCUGUUUCAUGCCCUGGAAAAUAGCUGUGUUCAUGUUUCUGGCUCUGGCUCAUUCAAGCUUCUUUACGAUGCUGUUUCUUGUUGCAGAAGAGCCCUAUUUCUUUUCUUUAGCUGCCUACACUUGCUUGGGGGCCUAUAUUAUUCUGAUGUUCUUCCUUUUUACUCUAGGCUCUGUAGAGCAGGCCUACAAGUUGUUGGCUGGGAAAGGCGCUAAGGCAGGCACUGGCCACAAGAGCAGACCAGCGAUGAAACCAGUCUUGGCCGUGCUGCUGACUGCUGUACUGACUGUUGUGGGGCUGCUAAAUGCCUCCCAGCCUCCUGCUGUGAAUUCUGUGGAGGUUCCAGUUCACAAGCUGUCCCCAACAAUGAAUAACCUGAAAGUGGUGUUGCUUUCAGAUAUCCAUCUGGGGCCUACAGUUGGGAAGACCAAGCUUGCCAUGAUUGUGAGGAUGGUUAAGGCUUUAAAACCAGAUAUCACUGUGAUUGUUGGGGACCUGACUGACUCCGAAGCAGAGAUCCUCCGACCUGCUGUUGAGCCUCUUGGAGAACUCGCCUCCCCUUUGGGAACUUACUUUGUCACAGGAAACCACGAGUACUACACAUCAGAUGUUAGCAACUGGUUUGAGCUGUUAAAAUCAUUUAACAUUCGGCCGCUGCAUAAUGAGAAUGUGAAGAUUGUUUCACCACAGAGCACUGAGGAUUGGUUCUGUCUGGCUGGCGUUGAUGAUAUCGAAGCAGAUGCCUUGCGCUACUCAGGACAUGGCAUGGAUUUAAAGCAAGCCCUGGAAGGCUGUAGCAGUGAGCAUGCGAUAGUGCUGUUAGCUCAUCAGCCUGUUGCUGCCAAGUGGGCCCUUCGGGAGAGACCAGACAUCAACUUGAUUCUCUCUGGCCAUACUCAUGGAGGGCAGAUUUUCCCACUAAAUGCUGGAGCUUAUUUGCUGAAUCCAUUCUUUGUUGGCUUGUAUCAAGUUGGGCAGAACACCUUUGUGUAUGUCAGCCCAGGGACAAUGUACUUUGGAAUACCCAUGAGGCUGGGCAGCAGAGCUGAAAUAACAGAGAUAAUUCUCCGUUCUCCUUGAGGACUUUUCCAUUUGACAGACUUGGACCAUCCUUUCUGGUCAGUAUCUUGGCUCUUUUGCUCUGGAAGCCCACCCUGUUUCAGGGAAGCUGGAGAAGAUGCAUUGGGGUGGACUUCAGCAGGUUCUGUUAAGUGUGAGCAGAAAACACCAAAUGUAUCUUGGGCCUAUGAAACAAAGGGGGGCAUUUUAAAAUACUGAAGAAAUUAAUUCUUUGUGUUUAUUAUUAUUAUUGAGGUUCUGCAUUUAAAGAUAGCACUGAUGUGACAGAGACAAUGUGUCCUUUGCGUGUUCAGCAAUAUCUGUGUCCUGCAGCUGCUUCGUGUUCCAAUGUUUGUUAUCCAUCAGGAGCUGCCUUCUCCAGUAUGAGGCAGGUGAAGUUCUGAUCUCCUGCAGUGACACCAUUUGUGCAUGUUUUGCAGAAGCAAUUGAAGAGUAUCCACAAAGUCUGUGAACUCAAGAGGCCUUUUGCUAGGAAUGUUCUGGGAAGGGAAUGGUUUUACGGGUAUUCUCUCAGUGCUAGGGCUUCCAGUCUGUUGUGACCAGUACAGUAAGGUGGCACGCAUCAGUACUUGAAAUCCAUUUUGUUUCUAGUUCUAAAGCUGGGGAGACUGAUACCAAAGGGUGAAGCAGCUGUGUUUCUGCAGGCAUUUCCCCCAGAAUAACUGGGCAUCUGAUCAUUACUUGCCUAAAAUUGCUCUCAUGAAAGCAAAUAAGAGAGAAAACUUGGAAUUACCAAACUUCUCUUGCUCUCUGUGCAUACAGGACCUCCUAUGUAAAGCAGAAAAUCCAAAGCUGAAAUAGUCUCUUUUCAUUCUGCACGUUCUUUGUUGAUGCUUAACUGAUCUUCUGUGAUUUUUCUCUUAACAAGAGUAAGGAGAUGCUGUUUGAAAACAAUGCAAAUGGGUUAAUGCUUGAACUUUGAGGUUUUAAUAUUUCAAGUAAAUGCUGCCCUAUUUGAGAAUACUGAACUCUGCAGCAGGUGACUUCUCCUUAGUAGCAUUUGCUUAUCAAUGUCCUGGUUGUCUGAUAGGCACAUAGCAGAACAACUGCUAUGGAAAAAUGAGGGAUAGAGAUUUUCUGUCUUUCCUAGAAGGGCUUAACACAAAUCCAUAUAAUUCUGCGCAUAUAAUUCCAUGCAAUUCUUGCUUUUUAAUCUCUGUUUUCAUAUAAGAAAGCCAGGAUGUAAAUUCAUGUGUGUGUAUCAUCCAGGAUGAUGAAGCAGUUGACUUCUGUACAUCUUCCUCUCUUCUCCCCUUCAACGCCUGUGUUGCUGUAUGAAAACCAUGAACUGUACAAGUCUGGGAAUCCUGCUUCUGAAGCCUGUAGCUGUUGCUACAGGAUGUCCCUUGCUCUGCCUUUCUGCCCACCAGUACCUGGGUUCCUCUCAGGCAGACCCAUGUAGCAUGUGGUGAAAGAGAUCUGUGCUUCUACAGGAGACUGAGGAUGGCAAAACCAGGUGGUGCUCAAUCUUUUCCUGCUUUCCUUGUGUUCCUGAACCAGACACACUGCUGGUUUGUUCUUCAGCUCCUGUCCUCCUUUUGCAGGAGGAAUGUGGGGUGUAUUUAAACCACAGGCUUUAUGAAGUUGAGCUUUUCUGUCUGUGACAUUUCAGUUUUACUUCAUCCACAGCCUUCAGACACCCCUGCCCUGGCAGAGUUUCUAACUGCUAAGCUGGUUUUGUAUCCUCUUCCUCUCUUCAAAAGCUUUCCUUUUUACUACAGGCCUAUUGAGAAAUAGGGCAAAUGUGUCAUGUGCUGGAAGGUUGGUGGAAGGCUUGGAGGAGUCCAUGAGAGCUGAGCACCUCAUCAGCCAGGCGCUUUACUUGCUGGACUAGGUAAUUAUUGUUCCCCAGCACCUAUAUGAACUUCUUUAUGCUUGUGCAGUAAUAUCUACUUAAUUAUCCUGAAGUUUCCAUGUGUAUUUAAUACUACCCAUAUGGGAUCCAGCUGAGGUUCUUUCCCCUCUCUUAUGUAGAGAGAAUCUCGAUAGCCUGUAACCCUCUCUUUACUUAUCACCAUGCCUUCAGUUAAAAGCAGUAUUCUGGGCUUAGUAGUGCAGAGUAUUCACUCUAGGCCAGUGGUCCAGGAGGACAGCUUUUCACUCGUUAGGCGGAGGGUUGUUACUGUGUUAAGCUUAACACAGUGAAUAAUGUCAUAUUUAUUAGAUGGAAUACAUUUUUAAGCAAGUUUCCUCAUCGGGAUGCUUUUGUGGGAAUGGUUUUAGGUAGUAUUAGUUUCCCAGUGAGCUGCUAGUAUUGUUUUUCUCUUUUUCCUCCCUAUCCUUG